CUGGGACCUGCGUUCUCACCUCACCUGGGCUGCAUGUCUCUCCUUGGCCAGUGUGGACGCUUCUACAUGCACUGCUGCUGCUUUCAGCGUCUGCACAGUACAUUUCACCGCCGCUUACUCGGCUGUCCUCCGAGGCUGGACAUUUAAUUUGUGUCUGGUUUGUUGUUAUCAGCGCUGCUGUGACACACAUCCUCAGUUACUUCCGAGUCAUGGGCUUGCCACACAGGAGGUUGCCACGCCGGAGGUUGCCACGCGGGAGGCUGCCAUGCAGGAGGGGGAUCCUUCUGGUGUAUGACAUCACCAACCGCUGGUCCUUUGACGGCAUCGACCGCUGGAUCAAGGAGAUCGAUGAGGUAGGCCUGGGUCCGGGGCGCCCUCCCGGGGAAGGCAGACUGGAUGGAGGUGCCUGGGCCCCAGGUAGGCUCUGGAUUCCCGCCUGCCACCCCUCCCGUGACCCUGGCUCUGCACCCUGCACUGUCCCACGGCCUACACCUGGGCAUGCUGGUCACUGCACGCAACGGCCGGGCAUGGAGCCCAGCAAGACCAGGAACUACGGGGCCACUUGGAAGGGCCGACAGUGUGGGGCCUGAGCCCUGGGCUCUGCCCACCUGGACUUCCCACGGCCCCCACCCAGUCAUAGGCCAGACAGUGAGGGCGGGCCCUGCUGAGGCUGUGGGUGGGUGGCGCCCUGCGUUUGUGCCUCUGCUGAGUUCUGUGCCCCCAGCAUGCACCCGGAGUCCCCCGGAUCUUGGUUGGAAACCGGCUGCACCUGGCCUUCAAGCGGCAGGUCCCGACGGAGCAGGCCCGCGCGUAUGCAGAGAAGAACUGCAUGACCUUCUUUGAGGUCAGCCCCCUGUGCAACUUCAACGUCAUUGAGUCCUUCACGGAGCUGUCCCGCAUCGUGCUCAUGCGGCACGGUAUGGAGAAGAUCUGGAGGCCCAACCGAGUGUUCAGCCUGCAGGACCUCUGCUGCCGGGCCAUCGUUUCCUGCACCCCCGUGCACCUCAUCGACAAGCUUCCACUGCCCGUCACCAUCAAGAGCCACCUCAAGUCGUUCUCGAUGGCCAACGGCAUGAACGCGGUCAUGAUGCACGGCCGCUCCUACUCCCUGGCCAGCGGGGCCGGGGGCGGCGGCAGCAAGGGCAACAGCCUCAAGAGGUCCAAGUCCAUCCGCCCGCCCCAGAGCCCCCCCCAGAACUGCUCGCGGAGUAACUGCAAGAUCUCCUAGCAGGGACAGGCAGAGCCGCCUGUGCAGAUGCCGGGAGGGCUCGAGCUGGACACUUCUGGCUGGAUGCCGGGCCAGUGCCACCUGCGUGGAGACUGGCCACACAGCUGCCUCCGAAGCACUGGGCUUUCCUCACAGCGGAGCCGGGUGCGAGGAGCAGCAUGCACAGAGCACGUGCAGCAGGCGGGAGGAGGGGCGCGGCUGGGCUGCUGGUGCUUCUUGGUCUGAGACAAGCCGGACCUCCCCAGCUGCCUGAGCUCGACCGGCGGGGAGCCUGGCUCGCCUUUCUUAUUUAUAUAGAGAACACUUCACCUUUUUUGUAUAUUUUAAGGGGCCUUCAGGGAAGCCUGGGUGUGGUCCCGUGGUGUGCUGGUGACUGCGUGGCCACGCCAGCUGUGGGGGCGCACUUGGGACGCCUCGGGAAGGGGAUUCGCAGCAGCGAUGGUCAGAGCGUCCUGUGAAUCCGUGCGCUGCAAGUGGCAGGGCUGCCCAGAGGCCGGGGGGAGCAGACGGGGCCGGUGCUUCCCCUGGAAGCUCGGGUGGCCUCAGUGGUCACUGUGCUGGCAGUGGGUGGAGGGUGUGGUCCUGUGGUCAGAGCCCAAGCAGCACUUAGGAGAGAGGAGAAAGGAGGUGCGCCUGGGAGCCCACACUUUUGUUGUUCCCCAAAUCCCUCCCCACGUGGGACUGAGAACUUUCCUGCUGUGAUGUUCUCACUGACCACUCAAAACUCAGAUCAUCAUCUCCCACCCUGGAGAGUGCAGAGCUAUCUGUAGACUUAUGAAUAUUCGAUGGGCGGUGGCAUCUGGGCCCCGGGCACCUGCGUGCAACCUCCUGUUCUCGGCAGCUUCUGUCGCUGGCCCUGGGGUCCCCACAGCUGCAGCUCUCCUGUGAGGUCGCACGGCGUCAGAACCAUCCUGACCUUCUUAGGGACAUGCCUGGAACCACCUCAUCCACGUCCACGUCCACCUGGGGACCUCGGGAGGCUAGGCCUCUCCUCGAAGGCCCACCAGCCCGGCACUCGUGCCGAGCCCCAGGGACGCAGGGCCGGCCACCUCUCUCCUGAAGCCAUUGGCCGCUCCUCCACCCAGUGCUUCUGCCCACGCCUGCCCCAGCAGCCCCUCUGCAGGGUAGCAGUUGCCUGAGCCUGCCCACAGCACUGGUGCUCACCUCUACCUCCUGCCCUCGGGCCACACAGCACGGCAUGGCCAGCACGCAGAAGGAGCCCUCCCGGGACCCAGGACCCCCGUGGUGGACUCCACGGCGCAAGCUUCCCAAGGUGGUCCCACGGACGGUGCUACUGGGCACCACUGGACUCGCCCCAUGGCCCAUUCCCAGGAGAUGAGGGCCGUAGCCUGCAUGAGCUGCCAGAUGAGUAAGGGAACCCCGGCCAGGGGGCCCUGCCACAGUCCCCAAAGACACUGGCCUCCUGCUCCAGCCUCCCUGUCCUGGCCCCACCUGUCCUGUUGCUGCCAGCAGGACCCUUGUUUGGGAUUAUGAACAAACCACACAGACUUUGAGGACCUACAUGGUCCUACAUUCACGGCAUCAACACUACCCGCACUGCUGUUAGACACUCCACCAUUCCUGGUUCUUUCGGAACCGUUCUUUGUACAGUAAAUGGAAUUCGGCUGUGGUCCCCACGUUUUGCUGUGUCUGGUGGGGUGGGUCUGGCAGUGGUGGUGCCCCGUGCCAGGGGCCAGUGCUGCUUUGUACCAGGCACUGACCUCUGGCCUUUGUUUUGCCUGCUGUCGCCUGCGCUGACCAGGCCGACCUGCGGCAGUUAGCUGGGUUCACCUCAAGAAAACGUGAGGGCUGCGGCUGGGCCUGGUCACGGCCAUUCUCCGCUUCCUGGUGGACGGGAUCCCAGCUGGGCUGUACCAAGCCCUCGCUCACAGCCCACGGCCCAUGGCAGCAGAUGGCCUGGGUGGAUUGUCCCCACCAGUAGCAGGACCCCAGAGGGCCAGGCCCUCCAGUCAGCCCCCUCAGCAGAGAGCAGCCUGCACUCUGGCCAAUCUGGGGUGCCUGCCAUGCCUGGCCCAGGGGUAUGUGGACAGCCCGGAGGUGUGCAAGCUGGAACGGGGCACUCCAGUUGGUACAGGGACCACAGCUUCAGGCUCAGGUGCCUACCUUUGCUGUUUCGUGGGCUCAUCCGGGCCUUAGGCCCCUCCCUGGCAGCUCCAGCCCAGCCGCCUGCAGCUGGGUCAGGCCUAGCUACCCCACCCCCGUCCCCUUGUAGAGCAGGGACUGUGGCGCCUGGAGGCAUCUCUGGGUCUCAUUCUGACCAGACCAUGCUCCUGUUACCCUGCCUCCCAGGUCAGAGGUCAGACACAAGGUCAGGGGGACACUCCCGGAGGCCCCAGACUUCUGGACCCACAGAGGGUUCGGAAAGGUAGAUUCCAAGCAGCCCUUUGUCCUGCACCAGCCAGGCCAGCCCCCUGCCCUCCCUGACGAGGAGGAGCCAGCCCGGGGGUGUGUGCCCCGCUGACGGGGUGGGGGGGCUGGGGCAGGGCAAGGCUCUGGUGCUCCAGGACACUUGCUUUCUCCAGCUGCAGACGCCCUUGCACUUGGCCUUCCCUCAGGCGGCGCCAUCCACGCAGAGCCGCGUCCAGGGCUGCGCAGUGCGUGGGCCGAGGCUCCGGCGUCAGCGUGUGGGGCUGUUCUUACGUUUGUGGGCGGCCACAGGCCUCUUCCUGCUGCACCUGCCCCGCCUUGGGGAUGGGCCUGAGCCCCAAGCCCGCAGCCUGGUUUCAGGGAUGGGAAUGCAGUCCUGCCAGGUUGGGCCCCACCCCACCAGGGGCAGCAGAGCAGAGAAGACUGGGCUGUGCUGGGCAUCCUGCAGGCCCCUGUGCCCCCACAACAGCCGUGGAACGGGAAGGAACCUCAAAGGAGCAGAGUGAAGCCCUCAGCCCGACCCUGACACACGUGACCGUUGCCAGACUGGACCUGACCUGGGGGACCCAGGCUGUGGUCAGCCACACUCCGCGGGGAGGGCCUGUGCCUGCCACCCCACAGCAUGGGAGCCUGGGGUCCAGAGGGCGUCAGGGACAAAAGCUGGGAUCUGCUGGCCCUGCCCCCACCCUCCUGAGGGUCGUCAAGGAGACUGAUCUCAGCCCAGGGGUGGAGGAAGGGGUUCGGGUUACAGGGUCCCCUCCCCUCCCCCUCUCCAGCCAGAUCCAGGCCUCCCCCGCCCCCGGUGACCCUCAUGGCUAGUGGCUCUGUGCUCCUGGGCCUCUGGCCCCUCCCCAACCUCCUCCCCUCUGCCCUGUGCUGACCAGGGCUGGGGAGCCCCGCACGGUUCAGACAGAGGGGCCAGGCUGAAGCUGGAGAGGAACCAGCGUCACACAGACGGCCUCUGAGAACUUGGGGACCGCGUAACCCACCCAGCAGGGGCGUCAGGACAAGCAUCUGCUGCAAGCUUUGGCCUCAGGGGCGAACGGGAGCCCCGGGGUUUGGGUGGGGGCGCCAACCACAGGCCCGGAGGGUGGAUGCCUGCAGGAAGCUGGGCUCGGCGGAGCCCGAAGAGGGGCUGGUGGCCACACCCCCCGGCCCCCUGGCUCGGCGGCCCCCAUGCCCGCCCCACGGCUACUCCUGCCGCUCCUGCUCCUCCUCCGGCUGACCUCGGGGGCCGGCUUGCUGCCAGGGCCGGGGAGCCACCCGGGCGUGUGCCCCAACCAGCUCAGCCCCAACCUGUGGGUGGACGCCCAGAGCACCUGUGAGCGUGAGUGUAGCGGGGACCAGGACUGUGCAACUGCUGAGAAGUGCUGCACCAACGUGUGUGGACUGCAGAGCUGCGUGGCAGCACGCUUCCCCGACAGCCCAGCCGCACCCACAACAGCAGCCUCCUGCGAGGGCUUCGCAUGCCCACAGCAGGGCUCCGACUGCGACAUCUGGGACGGGCAGCCUGUGUGCCGCUGCCGUGACCGCUGUGAGAAGGAGCCCAGCUUCACCUGCGCCUCGGACGGCCUCACCUAUUACAACCGCUGCUACAUGGACGCGGAGGCCUGCCUGCGGGGCCUGCACCUCCACAUCGUGCCCUGCAAACACGUGCUCAGCUGGCCGCUCAGCAGCCCGGGUCCACCGGAGACCACUGCCCGCCCCACACCCGGAGCCGCGCCAGUGCCUCCUGCCCUGUACAGCAGCCCCUCCCCACAGGCGGUGCAGGUGGGGGGUACGGCCAGCCUCCACUGCGACGUCAGCGGCCGCCCGCCACCUGCCGUGACCUGGGAGAAGCAGAGUCACCAGCGGGAGAACCUGAUCAUGCGCCCUGAUCAGAUGUACGGCAACGUGGUGGUCACCAGCAUCGGGCAGCUGGUGCUCUACAACGCGCGGCUCGAAGAUGCCGGCCUGUACACCUGCACCGCGCGCAAUGCGGCUGGCCUGCUGCGGGCUGACUUCCCACUCUCCGUGGUCCAGCGAGAGCCGGCCAGGGACAGAGUCCCCAGCAUCCCAGCCCCGGCCGAGUGCCUGCCGGAUGUGCAGGCCUGCACGGGCCCCACCUCCCCACACCUUGUCCUCUGGCACUUUGACCCACAGCGGGGUGGCUGCAUGACCUUCCCGGCCCAUGGCUGUGACGGGGCGGCUCGGGGCUUCGAGACCUACGAGGCAUGCCAGCAGGCCUGUGCCCGUGGCCCCGGUGACGCCUGCGUGCUGCCUGCCGUGCAAGGCCCCUGCCAAGGCUGGGAGCCGCGCUGGGCCUACAGCCCGCUGCUGCAGCAGUGCCAUCCCUUCGUGUACGGUGGCUGCGAGGGCAACGGCAACAACUUCCACAGCCGUGAGAGCUGCGAGGAUGCCUGCCCUGUGCCCCGCACGCCACCCUGCCGCGCCUGCCGCCUCCGGAGCAAGCUGGCGCCGAGCCUGUGCCGCAGCGACUUCGCCAUCGUGGGCCGGCUCACGGAGGUGCUGGAGGAGCCCGAGGCUGCCGGUGGCAUCGCCCGCGUGGCGCUCGAGGAUGUGCUCAAGGAUGACAAGAUGGGCCUCAAGUUCUUGGGCACCAAGUACCUAGAGGUGACGCUGAGUGGCAUGGACUGGGCCUGCCCCUGCCCCAACAUGACGGCGGGCGACGGGCCGCUGGUCAUCAUGGGCGAGGUGCGCGAUGGUGUGGCCGUGCUGGACGCCAGCAGCUAUGUCCGCGCCGCCAGCGAGAAGCGCGUCAAGAAAAUCUUGGAGCUGCUGGAGAAGCAGGCCUGCGAGCUGCUCAACCGCUUCCAGGACUAGCCCCGACGAGGGGCCUGCGCCGCCCCGUCUUGCUGAAUAAACGCGCUCCCUGUGCCCCAGA